AUGCCAUUUAGUGUUAUGCAUACUCCUGUUGACCAGCGAGUCACUCGUAGCCGUGGCGCUGUGCAAAGCGCUGCUCGCGCUGCUGCCACCAGAAACUUUGAGGCUCGCACCGACCUCACGCGCGACUUCCAGCACGAAGAAGAUCAUGCCGAACCCCACGCUCUCGAUUGCUUGGUCAACGAGCAUGAGGAAGAGGAAAGACCGAAAAUGGCCGCCACCGGGUCGCACCCGGCCACGCCUUCGACAGGAGCCGCUCCCGUCGAGGCUACAGCGAGCGCUUCUCGCCAUGCCGCAAGCGCCGCCGCCACAUCAGCCGCCGCCGCGGGCCCUGGAUCCCCCCGCAACAAUGACGCCGCCGUGGCCCAGGUCCACAGGACCCUUCAAGCCCUAGUGCACUCUCUAGGCUCCCAACAUCAGCUCCAAUCGCAGAUUGCCGAGCUUGAACGCGAGAUAAACGCUGCCCUUCGGCUCAUCCCGGACAGGGGCCGCUCACAUGGUUCGUUACGCGCGCACGAGACCCAGUCGCCUUCUCGUGACCUUGCGACCGAUUUUUCUUUGCUCGCUCCCUCGCCCGCGGCGCACCCGACUGCCCGCGAUGGCGAAGUGGCUUUUGGCCUGGCCUCUAAUCGCCCUCUACCCCGGCUCCCGAGAGAGCCCGUGCACGAAUCGCUCUCUCACGACUCUCGUUAUCGUCAUGGCUAUUUGAGCUCUCCCGCACAUGACGAUAGAGCCACCACGCCCAGGCGCUCUCCCAUGGAAGCAGUGGAUGCAUCCCAAUUUGGUGUUGCCUUUGGCACCAAUGCGCCACCACGGGCCGGCUCUCGGACUCAACCACCCCACCACGUUUGGCACCGAGCCUACCAAACCUCAACCAAGUGGGAGUCCUAUCGCGGUGACAGCAAGAAAGGUCUCGACUGCCUCAAAGAAAACGUCAACUCGGCCCUCGUUCUUCUCCAGGCCGAGCCCUUGCUGCAUAUGGCCACCCUCGAUCUAGAGGGCUGCACCGCCGCUGGUAUCCAGGAUAUUUAUGGCGACAUUUUUUCCGACCUGGACUACCUCAUCUACGUCAACGACAUCAUGGUUGACUGGAUCUUACCGUGCUUGAGAGCACCGCGGACCCGGGUCCAAGAAUCCUCGCCGCCGGACUCAGUGGCCAUGUCCGCGGGGCAAGCAAGCGAGCAAGUGAGCGGACACGGUGGGAGCGAGGGCGCCGCCAAAACGCGGGCCGCAAAGAGCGGGGUUGCAGAUUUUGUCUGA